UGUUGACGUAAUGCAAUGAUUAAAUUGUUAUGUCAUUCACAAGCUAGGCGAGGUUUGACUUGUAUUGUUUCGCUCGCUGCCUAGCGGCCACCAGACCGACGCCAAGUACAAAUAAAGACGAUGAAAAAAAGAAAAAAAAUUAAAAAAAAAAAAAGAAAACUGCAUUUGAGGCAAAGCGUGGGGUGCGUGUAUGUAAUGUAGUAGUGAUGAAGACGUAGUGUGUCGGGACAGCCCCUAUGUUUGUCCUCCAUCAUCAUAUUGGAUGAUAUUGUUCCUCUGCUGCCCCCCGUCCAUCCCGCCGUACUUGUCAAGUGAACAUGGCGACCGCACCAGUCUAUUGCGUCUGCAGACUGCCUUACGACGUCAACCAGUUCAUGAUCGAGUGCGACGCCUGCAAGGACUGGUUCCACGGCGGUUGUGUUGGUGUGGAUGAGGAUGACGCCCCAGACAUUGAUAUAUACCAUUGUCCAAACUGCGAGAAGAUUCACGGCAAAUCCACAUUGAAAAAGAAAAAGAAUUGGAGUAAACACGACACUGGGCAAAGCACGGAUAUUCGAGCAGUUCAGAAUGGCAGUCAAGUUUUCAUCAAGGAGCUCAGGAGUAGAACAUUUCCAAGUGCGGAUGACAUUGUGGUGAAACUCAGCGGCAGUCAGCUGACGCCGGACUACCUAGAAGAGAACGGCUUUGAGGAGCCGGUCCUGGUUCAGAAGAAAGAUGGUCUGGGCAUGUCAAUGCCUCCCCCCACCUUCUACAUCAGUGAUGUAGAAAAUUAUGUUGGCCCCGAUGUUGGCGUCGAUGUUGUUGACGUCACAAAACAGACUGAUAGCAAGAUGAAGCUGAAGGAGUUUGUUGAUUAUUACUACAGCACAAACAGAAAAAAAGUAUUGAACGUCAUCAAUUUGGAGUUCUCUGACUCGAGGAUGAACAGUAUUGUGGAGAGUCCUCAAAUCGUGCGGAGGUUGUCUUGGGCAGAAAACUACUGGCCUGACGACGCUCUGCUUGGGAAGCCAAAAGUCACAAAAUACUGCCUAAUCUGCGUGAAAGACAGCUACACAGACUUCCACAUUGAGUGUGGCGGUGCCUCUGUCUGGUAUCAUGUAUUAAAGGGAGAGAAGAUCUUCUUUCUCAUCAAGCCCACUUCUGCCAACCUGUCGCUUUUCGAGCGCUGGAGGUCGUCGUCCAGUCACGGUGAAAUGUUCUUUGCCGACCAGGUGGACAAGUGUUACAAAUGCCCUCUCAAGCAAGGACAGACGCUGCUCAUUCCCUCAGGUUGGAUCAACGCAAUACUGACGCCGGUUGACUGCUUGGCAUUCUCUGGCCAUUUUGUCCACAACCUGAGUGUCGAGAUGCAGAUGAGAGCGUACGAAAUUGAGAAGCGGCUCAAGGUGAAAACACUCAACCCCUUCCCCAACUUUGAGACCGCAUGCUGGUAUGUGGGACGCCAUCUCCUUGAGCGAUUCAAAGGUUUACAUAAAGCAAAUAAACAGCCUGCGCCAUACCUGAUCCAUGGUGCAAAAAUCAUCAAUGGAGCCUUCAGGUCGUGGACUAAAAAACAGGCUCUCUUAGAACAUGAAGAUGAGCUUCCAGAGAACAUGAAACCGUCGCAGCUCAUUAAGGAUCUUGCCAGAGAGAUUAGACUGUCAGAGAAUGCAACAAAAGCCAUUAAAUGUGAACCCGGUUUUAAACUGCCAAUAGAAGGGCCACUAUCCCCCCAUUCUGACCCCGAAGAGCCGGUCUCGCCGGCUGAGGUCCCCUCACCAAGCAGCGACAUAGCCAGAAAGAAAGCCUCCAAACCCCCGAAACCUCCGAGGCCACCAAGCCUCUUAAAGAUGCCCAAGGCUCCUAAAUCUCCCAAAAUGCCCAAGGUCAAAGACGGAGGUAAAAAGAAAAUCAAAAAUCUCAAAGAUUCACCACCUCCACCUAAACCCUCCAGUUUCGCAGCUUUGGAGUCCCAUGCAAAGGACAUCUUGAGUAAGAUGGAGCAGCCCAAGAAGGCAAAGGCUGUGAAGAAUAUUCUGACUCUGUCAGAAAAGGAAACAUUUCAGCAAAAUAAUGUGGAAAAGUUUGAAAUCAGGGAGCAGAACAAAAACAAGACAGAAGCAAAAUGGAAGUAUAAGAACAGUAAACCAGACUCUCUGCUGAAAAUGGAAGAGGAAUGCAAAUUUGACAGGACGUCACUGCUGGGCAAUAAAGACAAAGUCAGCUUCACAAUGGCACGCAAGAAAAUCCUGGGGGUCAAGACACUAAAACCUCAGACUAACACAAGUCAUUUUGGGACAUUACAAAACCUAAAAGAGGACAAACCUAAGCCGGUGAGAGAUGAGUAUGAAUACGUCUCAGAUGAGGGAGAACUGAAGAUUGACGAAUUCCCCAUCAGACGGAAAAAGAACGCCGUAAAGAGAGAUCUUUCCUUUUUGUCAGAAAUCCGAGAACCAAUUCAGCCAGCCAAAAAACCAAAGUUCCAGCCCUUGGUGACAAAGGGUGCUGAUUCUUCAGACGAAGAAACGCUGCAUAUAGACACAGAAGCCAAGCCUGAGACGAAAUGUCGCAACUCAAAGGCCAAAAAAAAAGGUGGCAGCGCUGCUGGCAUUCUUGACUUGCUGCAGGCCAGCAAGCAAGUGGGCGGGAUUGACUACAGCACCAACAGUCAGCCACCUGCAUCCCCCAGCACACAGGAGGCCAUCCAGGGCAUGCUGUCCAUGGCCAACCUAUCAUCGUCAGACAGCUUGCAGCAGCCAUGGAGCAACAAUCAGUCCAGAAACAAUAGUCAGUCAAAGAACAUCUUGCACAGCUUGCAGACCAGCAAGAAGACCAGCGGAGGCAUCAGCACGGCUGGUAGCAGUAACAGCAAGCAACCGACAAAACGCCUCUUUAAGAAACCGCAGAGAAGCAGCAGUAUUGAGAGUCUUGAUUACGAUGAUGACCAGGAUCACAUGGAUGCAUGCUUUAAAGACUCAGAUUAUGUGUAUCCAUCACUGGAGUCUGAGGAAGAUAAUCCAGUUUUCAAAUCCAGAUCGAAAAAACGGAAAAGCAGCGACGACAUUCCAUACAGCCCAACAGCCCGUGUAGGACCCUCGGUUCCUCGACAGGAAAGGCCUGCAAGAGACGGCGCCCGAGUAGCCUCCAUAGAAACAGGCCUGGCUGCUGCUGCAGCAAAGCUAUCUCAUCAGGAGGAGCAACAAAAGACAAAGAAGAAAAAAAUGACCAAAAGGAAGAUAAUGAUAGAGGAACCCCUAAGGAUGUCUCAGGAUAGUAGCUCGCCAGACCACAAUGCGGACUCGCACGAUGGCAGCCUCACAGAUCACGAGUUCAACACUGGAGCAGUCAAGUCUCCAGUGGGGUCGCAGCCAAUGGCACCAGGGGUUUUCCUAAGCCAAAGGCGACCGUCCAUGUCUUCUCCAAACAGCAACACCACAAGCACCAACAGCAACACGAUGGCAAAGGGCGACCGUGGAACUUCUGCAGACGCCAAAGCAAAGAGGCUAAAGAAAGGCAUGGCCACAGCAAAACAGAGACUUGGAAAGAUCUUAAAAAUACAUCGAAAUGGAAAACUCCUCCUGUAGCAUGAAGCGAACUGUUGGACUGGCAAGUCCUGGACCUCUUUUCAGGAUUCAAGACAACAGAGAGCAUACUUUUUUUUUUUUUUUUUUUUUUCGAUUUCCAAGACCAACAUCACGCAAAUAGGUUUUUGCCUCCCUUUGAACUUUUUCAGCUAUUAAAGUGUACAUAACUUACUAUAAAUAUUUUUAAUAGAACAUGUUUCAUUGUACUACAUCCGUUUGUCAGGGAAAGGCUAAAACACGAAGCAGUCAUUCCAAGAGUUCACAAAGUAUCUUUGCAUGUAUACUCACCUGCAUGUGUGCUUUAUGGAACAAUUGUGCCAGGUGCAGAGGAUCUUUGCCAGGAUCUGACUGUUCGUCAACAAGUGGAACAAACUUGGCGUAUGGACACACUUUUCCAGUCAUCCUUUUGUGUUACGAGUUGAGUUUGCAAAGCACUAUCACGGUCCACCUUUAUUUAUUUUCCGCUGUGUGGAUGGGGAGAAGACGUGAGGAAAACUGUAAAGCACAAAGUGAAAGAGGAGUAUUGACGUCAUCAUGGCGCUAGCUACUGUUGAUUACAGUGCUGUGCGGCAGAAAAAGAAAGACAUAGGAUUUUGAAAUUGGCCUCAUCCCCGCCUGCAAGUACGUGGGUCAAACUUCCUUUACUUCUUUUGCUUUCACAGGCAGCAGCCAAAUCCUAAAGCCAUCUGCAUUUCUACUACUUUUUACACAAUAGAGAAUGUAGCUUGUACACAGCCUUUCAAUCAUGCAUUUUUAUAUUCUUUUCUUUCACCUUUUCAUAUAUAUGUAUAUAUAUUUUUAUACACAUAUAUAUGUAUACGUGUGUGUGCGUGUGUAUAUAUGUAUGAAUGUGUGUGUGUGUGUAUGUAUGUAUGUGUCUAUAUAUAUAUAUAACUGUUUGUGUCUGUAUAUAUAUACAUAUAUACUGUAUGUGUGUAUAUAUGUAUGUAUGUUUGUGUGUAUGUAUGUUUAUAUGUGUGUAUAUAUGGAACAGUUUGUGUGU